CCCGGCUGAGUGUAUUUCAUGCGUGUGUAAACACAUUUGCGCACUUUGGAGCGUGUGUCACAGCAGCUUUGCCAUGGCGAAUAUCUUACUCCUUUGCGUGCUGCUGUCACACAUUCUGUGGAUCCAUGGAGGCCCGGCGUUCUUGUCCGGCCAGGCGGCGCACGGCGUCCUGUCGAGGCACGCACGCGCCAACACUGGCGUGUUAGAGGAGCUGUGGGAGGGCAACUUGGAGAGAGAAUGCAUGGAGGAAAGGUGCAACGUAGAGGAGGUCCGGGAGAUCUUUGAGGACAAGGGAAAGACAAUGGAGUUCUGGAGUUCUUAUUUCUAUGGUGAGCACUGUAGGCACAGGCCCUGUAAGAACGAGGGCAUGUGCAAAGAAAGCGUCGACUCCUCUCACUAUACCUGUACCUGUCGACAUGGCUUCACUGGCACCAACUGUGAGAUUGCAAUAUUAAAAAGGUGCGACAUCAACAACGGAGACUGUAUGCACUUCUGCGAAUCGAGGGACACCGGAGUCACCUGUGCCUGUGCCACCGGAUACAAGCUGAUGCCGGAUCGGACCAGCUGCCAAGCAGAAGCCGAGUUCCCCUGUGGUCUGACCGCCCUGACCGCCAUGGGCGCGAGGUCAAGGUCUCUCUUCAGCAGCAACGACACAAGUGUGCACCACAACAAUGCGACGCCAACCACAACUGCACCUUUGGCGACCGCUGCCACAGACUCCCCCGUAGGACAGAACGGCUCCACGGAAAACGAACCGCCCACGAUUACUGUUCCGGCGUGGAUGGAGGCGGUGGUGGACGCGCUUAAAGAGAAGAUCCCAGAUGUCCGUGCACGCAUAAUUGGCGGUGAUGAGGUCUUUCCUGGAGAGAUCCCAUGGCAGGCAGCCUUGUACUACGCGCCCGAGAAGAAGGUAUUCUGCGGCGGCUCCAUCCUAAGCGAGCGAUGGGUCAUCACCGCGGCCCAUUGUCUGUACGGCCCUUGGGACCAGUUCGUCGUCAGAGUAGGGGAAUACGACAUAAAUACCCCCGACAUAAAGCAGCAGGAUUACCAAGUCGCAGAGAAGCACGUGUACCCGUACUACAACCCCGCCAGCCCCGGCAACCACGACCUGGCCCUGCUCCACUUAAAGGAACCCAUCGUCUACUCGGCAAGGGUCCGACCCAUCUGCAUAGGACCCAAGGAGUUCACAGAGGCCCUGGUGAAGAACACUUCCCCGGCUACGGUCAGCGGCUGGGGCCUUACGCAAACGGGCAGGCAGGCGGACACGCUGAAAAAGGUCAAGGUUCCCUUCACCAGUCGGCUGGAGUGCAAACGCAGUAGCUUGGUCCAGAUCACGCCCUUCAUGUUCUGCGCGGGCUACUACAACGAGGCAAAGGACUCCUGCCGGGGGGACAGCGGGGGUCCUCAUGCCAACCAGCGCUACGACACCUGGUUUCUGACGGGCAUCGUGAGCUGGGGGGAAGAAUGUGCACAACAAGGUAAAUAUGGAGUUUAUACCCGCCUGUCGCUCUACUACACUUGGAUCAACAACAUGAUCCAAGGCCAGGCCUUCAGCAUGGAAGAGCCUCAAGAGGAUGAUUAAAAAUGCAGGUUUAAAAUUGUAAUGUGUAUUGUUUCCUCUUAUUUUUCUAAAUAAAUGUACUCAACACAACCUACUUAACUGG